GAUUUACAUUAAAAUGUUUGUUGGUUGGUUGAUGGUUCAUUUAUGUUCCGCAUUCGAUUCUGUCGAUGAUCAUCGUCUUAUUUGACUGAAUGAAUGGAAUCAAAUUCGAUUGAUAAUUGUGAUUCAUGGUGGAAUAAUGGUGAUAAUAACGAUAAUGAUCAAUGGAAACUUUCUACAAUCAAACUGUCAUUAGAAUCCAAAUGUUUAUGGCAUGAAUUUAAUGAAUUAGGUAAUGAAAUGAUCGUUACAAAAGCUGGCCGACGUCCAUUUCCAACAUUUCAAAUUCGUUUGAAAGGAAUGAAUAUGGAUGUUGAUUAUAUUUUAAUGAUGGAUUUUAUUCUUGCCGAUGAUAAACGUUAUCGUUAUGUAUUUCAUAAUUCAAGUUGGAUGAUUACCGGUCAAGCUGAUUUGAGUGGACCACCAAGAAUUCAUGUUCACCAGGAUUCACCAGCUAAGGGAUCAUAUUGGAUGCGUCAAACAAUAUCAUUUGAUCGUCUUAAAUUAACAAAUAAUCCUUUGGAUGAUAAUGGUCAUAUAAUUUUAAAUUCGAUGCAUCGAUAUCAACCACGUUUUCAUGUGAUAUGUUGUGAACCAACAACAACAACUACAACAAAUGAACAUCAAUCAUAUCAUCAUCAUCAUCAUCAUAGAAGAAAUUUUCGUACAUUUAUCUUGAAUGAGACAAAAUUUUUUGCUGUUACUGCCUAUCAAAAUCAUAGGAUAACACAAUUAAAAAUAGCUAGUAAUCCAUUUGCAAAAGGAUUUCGUGAAAAUAAUCACAACCAACAACAACAACAACAACAAGAUCAAAAAGAUGAUAUGAUUAUCACUAACUAACUAACUAGAUAGAAUGCAAGAUAGAUAGA